AUGACGUUCAUUUUCUGUGCCGUUUUCUUUCUUUCUUUCUUUCUUUCUUUCUUUCUUGCUUUCUUUCUUUCUUUCUUUCUUUCUAUUCCGUUCAUUUUCUUUCUUUCUUUUAUGCUGUUCAUUUUCUGUGCAGUUUUCGUUUUCGUUUUCUUUCUUUCUUUCUUUUCUUUCUUUCUUUCUUUCUUUCUUUCUUCGUAUUCCGUUCAUUUUUUCUUUCUUUCUUUCUUUUUUUUCUUUUCUUUCUUUUUUCUUUCGUUUCCGUUCAUUUUCUUUCUUUCUUUUUUCUUUUUUCUUUCUUUCUUUCUUUGUAUUCCGUUCAUUUUCUUUCUUUCUUUUCUUUUAUUGCAUUUUCUUUUUUCUGUGCAGUUUUCGUUGGACUUUCUUUCUUCGUAUUCCCUUCAUUUUCUUUCUUUCUUUCUUUCUUCGUAUUCCGUUCAUUUUCUUUCUUUCUUUCUUUCUUUCUUUCUUUCUUUCUUUCUUUUAUGCUGUUCAUUUUCUGUGCAGUUUUCUUUCUUUCUUUCUUUCUUUCUUUCUUUCUUUCUUUCUUCGUAUUCCGUUCAUUUUCUUUCUUUCUUUCUUUCUUUCUUUCUUUCUUUCUUUCUUUCUUUCUUUCUUCGUAUUCCGUUCAUUUUCUUUCUUUCUUUCUUUCUUUCUUUCUUUCUUUCUUUCUUUCUUUCUUUCUUCGUAUUCCGUUCAUUUUCUUUCUUUCUUUCUUUCUUUCUUUUAUGCUGUUCAUUUUCUGUGCAGUUUUCGUUCUGUCUUUCUUUCUUUCUUUCUCUUUCUUUCUUUCUUUCUUUCUUUCUUUCUUUCUUUCUUUCUUUGUAA